UAGAGGCCGCGAACGGAUUGGGACAAAUUACUUGCGGGCAAUGUUUGAAGAUUGUGUUGUUGUUUCUGCGCCUGGGAAAGUUAUUCUAACAGGAGAGCAUGCAGUCGUCUACGGAAAGACUGCCUUGGCUGCAAGCCUCAGUCUUCGCCUGUUCGUGAACAUACAACGUACAGACGUCGGACAGGUUACACUUGAUUUGAAAGACUUUGGCACUCAGAAAUGCUGGAGCUGUGAUGAGCUAGCAAGCAACGGUUUUUUAGAGCAUUCAAAGAGCCCCAGACGUCCUUCGCCUGAUGAAAUCAAGACGUUGAAGAAAUUAUGUGGAAUGAACAGUGACAAAGAGGUCUUGACAGUUGAAGAGUUGGCAAUCAUAACAUUUCUGUUUCUGAUGCUAUCAAUAUGCAGUGACAGUAGCGAGCGGUUUCCUUCUUUGUCAGUUGAAAUGAAGUCUCAGUUUCCAUUUGCAGCUGGUCUCGGCUCUUCAGCUGCAUACUCGGUGUGUCUCUCAGCUGGUUUUCUUACUUUUGCUAAGGCUGUAACACCAACAUCGUGCAAAUCAAAUGGUGGUAUCACACUACCUGUUGGAGUGGAAGCAUUGACAACGACUAGUUGUUAUAAUGAGAGUGACUUGAAGUUGAUCAACAUGUGGGCACUGGAAGGAGAACGUCUCAUACAUGGGAAUCCUUCUGGAAUUGAUAAUACAAUCUGCACAUAUGGUGGCUGUAUGAGUUAUACAAAAGGAGACAUCAUGCCUUUACCUCGUGUCCCAUCUUUGCGAAUUCUGUUGAUUGACACAAAGGUACCUCGAAGCACAAAGAGACUAGUAGCUGGUGUGCGAGAGCGUUAUGAUAAGUAUCCCACAAUAAUCGGACCAGUGCUGGAUGCAAUUGGAAAUCUUUCUGAUAAAUUCAGGACUCUGCUUUAUCAGCUGGCAGACGGCGAGAGUGAUGAUGAGUCUAGAGAUUUGAAAUUGAGUUUAUUUUCUGAGCUUGAGACACUGUGGGACAUAAAUCAGCAUCUAUUACAAGCCAUUGGUGUAAGUCACGCCUCGAUCAAUGACAUCUGCUCUAUAACGGCUAAAUACGGAUUGUACUCAAAAUUGACUGGAGGUGGUGGCGGUGGGUCAGUAAUUGCACUUAUUAAUCAAACUGUAUCUGAUGAUGACAUAAGUUUGGUUCAGUCUAGUCUUACCGAAAAGGGAUAUGGAUCACAAGAGGCAAUAUUAGGAGGAUAUGGAGUACUUCUGCACUCUGUGUGACAUUAGGAAACAAUUGAAUUUCAAAUUGAUCUUUUGAAUUUCAAAUAUUCAUUUCAAAUUAUAAACUAUAGAUUACGUACACAUCUAAAGAAUUCGAUGUAUAGUCUAGUCUUUCGGC